CUCUCUCCUCUCUCUCUUUUCUCUCCACACCGCCCACUCCACUCACCGCCGCCUCGCCGGCUUCUUCUUUGCCUCCCUGUCCACAUCGCCCGCUGCCCCCUUUUCUGCGUUUUUGAAAGGGAUAAUAAGAGAGCGCACAUUUUUUGGACCAUAAAACCAAGAACAGCACAAAAAAAAAGAGAGAGACAUCACCAUGGCGAGCACCGAGGAUAAACCGGCCAACAAGGAGAACACGUCCAGCUGGAAGGACUCCAUCUACAACCCGAGGACCGGGGAGGUGCUGGGUCGCACGGCCAGCAGCUGGGCCCUCAUCCUGCUCUUCUACCUGGUUUUCUACUGUUUCCUGGCCGGUAUGUUUGCCCUGACCAUGUGGGUGAUGCUGCUCACACUGGAUGACAAUGUGCCGAGGUACAGAGACCGCGUUCCCAGUCCAGGGUUGGUGAUACGUCCACAUGCACUGGACAUCGCUUUCAAUAAAUCCGACCCGCUGAAGUAUGCUCAGUACGUCCAACACUUGGAGUCCUUCCUGCAGAGCUACAAUGAUACUGAGCAGGAGAAGAACCUUGACUGCACUCGAGGAGACUACUUUAAUCAGGAAGACACCGAGGAAAUGAUCAAGAAAGCUUGUCGCUUCAAGAGGAGCUUCUUGAGUCUCUGUUCCGGCCUCUCCGACACCAACUUUGGAUAUUCUGAGGGACGACCAUGCAUUCUGCUCAAAAUGAACAGGAUUAUUGGCCUGAGGCCCCGCGGAGACCCUUACAUCAACUGCACAGUCAAAAGAGAAAACCCAAUUCAAAUGCAGUAUUUCCCAAGUGAGGGGAGUAUUGAUAAGAUGUAUUUCCCCUACUACGGAAAGAGAAUCCAUGAGAAUUAUGUGCAGCCCCUUGUGGCCGUGAAGCUGCUGCUCACCAAGGAGGACUACAACAAGGAGCUGGCGGUGGAGUGCAGGGUAGAGGGCUCUGACCUCCGCAACAACGACGAGAGAGACAAGUUCCUGGGCCGCAUCACCUUCAGGAUCAAGGUUGUCGAGUAAACAAGAUCAUAGACGGUAUAAAGGGAGAAGCCCAAUGCAGAGGCUGCCAGCGUUUGCUAAGGAUUUGUGUUUAAAAAUUCUAAUAAAAGGGAAGGAAGUGUCAAAUAUGUCACAAAGGUGGCAUUUUUGGAGGGGUGUGGCCAAACAGUUUGAUAGAGAUGAGUUGAGAGCCAGUUAGAUACAGAUGCUGAAUGUUGCUUUGAUGACAUUUCUGACCUUUCUUUCCUUCAUGAUUCCUUGCUGACCUCCGCAAACAUCCCCAGACCAUCAAACAGGCUCUCCUCCUCCAUCUAUCUAUCUAUCCGUUCAUUCCCCCCUUUGCACUCCUCAUUCCUCAGUCUUUGGUUUCAGCAUAGGUGUGAUUAGAUAACUUAUAGCCAUCGCAACCAAGCCAUUUGGAGCUGUUGUGUAAUUGCAGAUAUGUCUCUUUUUUUUUUUAAUGGUUUUUAGAUCUUCCUGCUGUCAGGAAGUGAGUGUUGAUUUUCAUCUCUCUAAAGAACGACUGUAUUAUCGCCAUUGUUGAGAGGAUUUUUAUCUUGCUGUAUAGAACAAGUGAGAAGGUAGAACAUUUCCGGCACACAUCUUCAGAGUAUUCACAUUAUCACAUCACAAAGAUUUCAUAGGAACGUACCUUGAUAAUCAACUAUAGCCACUCUAUCCUUGUAUAUGAAAUGCCAACUACAAAGUCCCUUUCUACAUAUAAAUACAUUGUGAUCCUUACCAUAUUUAGGGAAUUAUAGAUAGAUCUUUGUGUUGUGGCCUGCGUAGCCAUAACAACAGUCUUGUGCCGUCUGUCCGUCUGUCUGCAUGUCCGUCUGUCUGCCCGUCUUCCUGUUUUUACUCACCUCCACUGCAAUAGCCAACAUACGGGUGAGCCGUCCAGGACUAGAAAAGUUGUCUCGCUCCUCCUUGCAGGGUGCUGCGAAUCUAUGGUGGCCAAGGAGACACACACACACACACACACACACACACACACACACAUGCACAAACACACACACACACACACACACACACACACACACACACACAC